AUGCUCAGUUGGAGGCUGUGGUCUGUACUUGCAGCAUUUGACGAUGAAGUCAAGGUGGGAACUGAUAAGGCUUUAGUAGCCGAGCUAAGUUCUACGGAUCGAAAGCGGCAGGAUAUACAAGGAAUACGAGCGUGGGCGAUAUUUAUGGUGGUUGCGUUCCAUUUUUUUCCCACAUAUUGUCCAAAUGGCUACGUAGGAGUAGACAUGUUUUUCGUCGUGUCCGGCUUUCUGAUGGCAAUGAUAAUCACCAGAGCAUCGCCUAUGAGUGCUUCGUCUCUUUUGACUUUUUAUUAUAAAAGAAUUAAACGGAUACUGCCGCUGUAUUACAUGGUGUUGUUCGCGGUGCUUAUACUUGUCGUAGUGAAGCUACCUGCGUUUCGCUCCAUAAAUUUCACAAGUUCUCGCAGGGCAUUAUUACUCAUCGCAAACAUCAAGUUCGAAACUGAUCCAGUAAAGGAGUACGAGAGAAUGUUGAAAAAUGCUAAUGAUCUUCUUACGCACACUUGGUCUUUAUGCGUCGAGAUGCAGUGGUACUUGCUGGCUCCCCCUCUUUUCUUUCUGCAGAGCUUGCUACUACCAAAGACGAUAUUCUUCUUGGGAAUCGCAUAUGCUUCUAUGCAUUUCUAUUUCAUAGUUGACGAUAACACCGCUUUCUAUAAUGUUCUCGCAAGGAUGUGGCAGUUCUGUGCUGGCAUAAUUGCUUUUGUGCACAGCGAUGAUAAGACCUGCACAACACAGACAUAUCAGUUGACAGAGAGUGAGGAUAGCUUGCAAGAGAAAGGAAAAUUGGGCUGUACUGACGUCAUUUCUUGGUUGAUAUUUGUCCUCGCCGUAAUGGUACCAUUUGUGUGGAUACCGCUACCAAAGCGUUUCCUUCGUAUAGAGACAACGAUCAUGACAGCCAUAUUAAUUAGGCUAGGCAAACGUCACCAGACAGCUAUACUUAUUAGACAGGAGGUAAUGUACGUCGGGGAGAUAUCAUAUGCUCUUUAUCUCAUACACUGGCCUGUUCUCGUUGUAAUGAAUUACUGGUAUCCUGAGGAUCCACUAUCUUUGAUGCGUCAACUGAAUGCUGCAGAAACUCCAGGUGGUCAGCAUCUGUGGCAUGAGGACUGCACGUAUAGCGCAAGAUUUCUGAAAAUGUCAGCUGCACCAUUUGGACUAUGUACAAUGAAGAAAGGAAACGGUACAGUGGAUAUGCUGGUCGCAGGAAACAGCUUUGCUUGCAAUCAGGGCGAUCUUAUUUACAACGCAUACAAAGCGUAUGCGAGAAAUUUUCACAUAUUUUGUGUUUCGGGGUGUGAAUUGUUUUCUCCCAUAUGCCAGCUUUCCUUCAACUUUACGCAAAUAGUUGAGGAAUUGAAGCCAGAUGUCGUAUUCUUGAUUGAAAGAGCAAUUCUUAUGAAAACACCGUUCAAUGUAAAGCAACCAAUUGACAGAAAUAAGAAUUUUGGUCUUUAUAUGAAAUUACUGAGAUAUCUAGAGAAAAAAACGAAGAAGAUAUAUAUCCUGCAAGCUCUACCGAGCUGUGUACCCUAUUGCUCCGCUAAAGCUAUGCUGUAUUUGAAAAAUGGGAAAGCCUUGAGUACAAUCAAAGAUGGUCUUAUAGUAAGAGAUGAGUACUUUGCUCGACAUCGAAUUUGGGAACUCAGCAAAAGAUGCAAAAAGUGUGAGAUAGUUGAUUACAUGCCAAUGCUUGUUGAUAAGAAGGGACAAUAUCUUGGUUACAACCCCAUCACGAAUCUCAUGUAUCUUGAUGAAGAAAAUCAUUUCAACAGAUUUGGCAAACAAACUAUACAGCCCAUCUUCGAGAAGUUGGCUAAGCAGUUUGUUAUACCUUGA